AAUAGAUUUUAUGUAGGCUUCUUAAAUGUAAAAUUAGAACAAAUAAGCCUACCAACUUUUUUUAUUUUUAAUUUUUAGAAAAACAUUUGAGUAUAAAAAAUAUAAACCACGUGUAUUUUAUGCUGAGGUGGCAGACGCCGUGGCCGUCGGCAUCAAAUUCACAAGGACCAUACCUGUAUUGACGUUUGCAAAGAGAUAACCGGUCGCAGGCAGCUGCCUACUGCAAGAAAUUUUAUUUCACCAAUUAAUUUUCAAUUGAAAAUUAUUGAUUUGAUUGAAUAGAUCCAUCUGAUUGAUGAUGAAACCCUAGAAUUGUAAACCUUUCCCCUCUAUAUUGAAUUGAAUAGAUCCAUAGUUUGUUCUCUAUUCUCUUGUUUGCCGGAUUGGAUGUGAAAUCGGAUCGAUUCUGUUUAUUGAUUCCGAUACUGUGCAGUAUUAAUAAUUUUUCAUUCCAUAAUCAGUGGGUUAAAUUAAUUCUUUAGAUUCUGCAUGAGAAAAGUGGUGGCGGCGGAGGGAUCGGAUACACAGUAGAGAGAAGGAUUUCUUCUUGGUUGGGGGCGCAACAUGUCUGCCGUUGUGUGCGGAAAGAGAUCAAACAUCUUCGAGGAAUCGCCGUCGUCGCCGCCAGUCUCCAAGAGAAUCCGCUAUUUGUCUUCGUCUUCCUCGUCUCCAGGCCGAGCUUUCUCUCCGCCGCGGGUUGCCGCCGCUCCCGCUUGCUGGUUCUCCAACUCGUCCGCGCCGCUCGAUCAUCUUCUCGCUCUUUUUCCUGACAUGGACAGACAGUUUCUUGAGAAAGCCCUUGAAGAAUCUGGCGAUGAUUUGGAUUCAGCGAUUAAAAGACUAAAUGAGCUUCGGUUGAGUGCUGCAGAAAGUGUAUCUGAUGUUACCCAGGAAAUUAAUGCUCAAUUUUCUGCUCAAGUUGGAGAUAGCGAGAGCAGUGCUAGAAGAGAGGAAUCAUCUGGUGGAAGUAGUUAUCCUGCCAGUGGUGCGGAGUGGGUGGAGCUCUUGGUGGGAGAAGUGAUAAAUGCGUCGAAUGUAGAGGAUGCUAAGGCACGUGUGUCACAAGCCCUUGAGGCAUUGGAGAAGUCCAUUUGUGCAAAUGCAACUGAAGAUACUGCCCGAAGCUUUCAGAAGGAGAACCUAAUGCUAAAGCAGCAGCUGGAAGCACUCAUUCACGAGAACACGAUUUUGAAGCGGGCAGUUUCAAUCCAGCACGAGCGACAGAAGGAGUUUGAGGAAAUGGGUCAGGAGAUGCACAAGCUGAAGCAGCUUGUAUCUCAAUACCAGGAGCAAGUUAGAACUCUUGAGGUUAACAACUAUGCUCUAGCGAUGCACCUGAAGCAGGCUCAACAAAAUAACUCAAUCUCUGGGCGUUUUCACCCCGAUGUGUUUUAGCUAAAAACCUCAUCUCUUAUCAUUCAUGAUAUACAUGGCUCUAUCAUGUGCCAAUAAGAUUCAACAUGUCACUUUUUUUUUUUUUUUUUUGACUGAAUGCAUCCCUUGAUCAAUCUAGAUUUUUAUGUUAAUUUUUUU